AUGCUGACGUUGCUGAUGCGGCCGCGCGGCGUGUUGGCAGGUCAGCAGGCUGCGGGGGCUUCUGCGGUCAGUCAUGUGAGGAUACACAGCUGUGACUGCGGCCCCCGGAGAGGGGCCCUCAGCGCUCUUCACAGGUCCCCAAAGCUGCACACUCACAGCCCAAAUGAAAGAGUGCGACAUGACAGGGGUGAUCAGGACAGUGUGAAAGAACAAUGGACCACAGAGGACCUGCGGCGCUCACAGGUGCAGCAGGAAGACAAGUGCAUGAUGGGAUACCAGCGUCCUGCACCUUCAUAA